AUGAGCUCCCAAACUGUCGCCAACUUCUUGAAGGUUAUUGCCACCAGAAGAACCAUCUACAAGCUGCAACCACAAUUGCCAGCCGGUGUCACCACCAAGGACAUCCAGGCCGUCGUCGAGGCUAUCAUUAAAGACACCCCAACUGCCUUUAACUCCCAGGUCAACCGUGCCAUUAUCCUAACCGGUGAGAGCCACAAGAAAGUCUGGGACGCCGUCACCAACGGUAUCGACGCUGAGGCCGGGAAGUUGAGACCAGCCUCCGCCAGAGACGAAGCCUUCGGUUCCAUCAUCUUCUUCACCGACGACAAGACCACCGAGAAGUUGCAAGCCGACUUCCCAGCCUGGGCCGCCGCUUUCCCACAAUUCGCCGACCACAGUUCUGGUGCUGCCCAGAUCACCUCCUGGGACGCCUUGGAAGUCUUGGGUCUAGGUGCUCACUUGCAGCAUUACAACCCAUUGGUCAGAGCCGCUCUGCCAGCAGACGUUCCAAAGGGUUGGUCCGUCCACUCCCAAUUGGUCUUCGGUCUACCAGCUGAAGCCGCCGGUGAAAAGACUUUCAUCGACAACAAGGUCCAAAUCUUCCAGUAA